GCGCACGUGCGUGCGUAGGAGGUCCUUGUUCUCCCCUCCCCCUCCCCUUGGGCGGUGGAAACCACUAGGCUUGCGGCCCCGCUCGCCUCCACCUAGAAGGAGAUUUCGAUGUGAGUCAGGAGUUCGUCGCCAGGGGCAGGACGACGCCGGCACGCAAGGGGCAAAGGGGAACACCAUGCAGGAUCCAAAUGAAGAUACAGAAUGGAAUGAAAUUUUAAGAGAUUUUGGCAUUCUUCCUCCAAAAGAAGAGCCAAAAGAUGAAAUUGAAGAAAUGGUUUUACGUUUACAGAAAGAAGCAAUGGUUAAACCAUAUGAAAAGAUGACUCUUGCACAGUUAAAGGAAGCUGAAGAUGAAUUUGAUGAAGAAGAUAUGAGAGCUAUUGAAAUAUAUAGAGAAAAGCGGUUACAGGAAUGGAAAGCUCUUAGGAAAAAACAAAAAUUUGGGGAAUUAAGAGAAAUUUCUGGAAAUCAGUACGUGAAUGAAGUCACAAAUGCAGAAAAAGAUGUAUCAGUUAUAAUUCAUUUAUACAGAUCAAGCAUCCCAAUGUGUUUGUUGGUUAACCAGCAUCUUAGUCUCCUGGCAAGAAAGUUUCCAGAAACUAAAUUUGUUAAAGCCAUCGUGAAUAGCUGUAUUCAACACUACCAUGACAAUUGUUUACCAACAAUUUUUGUUUAUAAAAACGGUCAGAUAGAAGGCAAAUUCAUUGGAAUUAUAGAAUGUGGAGGGAUAAAUCUCAAGCUAGAAGAACUUGAAUGGAAACUAGCAGAAGUUGGAGCAAUACAGACCGAUUUAGAAGAAAACCCCAAAAAAGACAUUGUAGAUGUGAUGGUAUCUUCAAUUAGAAACACUUCUAUUUAUGAUGACACUAAUAGUUCAAACAGUGAUAAUGAUGAUACCAAAUAGAAAUAUUUAAUAAAUAGCUUC